AUGCCUGCGGAUGACGAAUGGUAUUAUGAGCGACGACGGAUCCCAAUCACAAGGGGAUGGGGUCCUUGCAAGCAGACUGACUGGGUACCCGUUGAAGAAUUCUACCAAGGGCGCAACUCUCGAACGGUCCGGACAUUUCUGAGGGCAGUCGGACUCAAUCCUGACUCUUCACUCGAAACUCGAGCGGUCGAUAGGUUCCGGCCAAUCGUGCAUCUUGAUGGUGGUGACGAUGACGCGAACAACAACAACGGGCGCGACUUUCUGCAGUACGCGGGGUAUCGAGAGCGCGAACUGCACGCCGGUCCAUGGCGAUGGCAUCCUGUCGGCGGUCCACCAGCGCCGGCACAGAUUCACGAAGUCGAUCGAGUAAUAGCGAAUGACCUACAAGAGCUCGAGCAGUUCAGAGCACAAAGAUUCGAACAUCGCAUCGGGGAGCUCAAUGCCCAGAUCAACGAGAUUGGUGGCCGGUAUCAGCAGCAAAUCCAAGAGUAUCACCAGGCUUUGGCAGCUGAAGGUGUUGGCCCACAGCGGGAACUGCGAGAGGUACAGGACGCGUUGCGUCGGAUGAGACAGGAUGAUGAAUUGAGAAGACAAGAGGAUGAGCGGCGGGAAGUCGAGCGGCGGGUCAACCUGAGGUGUGAGGCCGCCCUGGACAGAUUGAGAACCAUUGAACAAGUGCAGCGCGACCUACGUCUGCAGCAGGCACUAGAUAGAGCCCGCCAUGAGAGGGAUUACCAUCGUCGAAGGCAUCAUAGGUAUCGUGAGGAAUGCCGGCGGUAG